AUGGCACCUGCCCCGUUUAAGGCUCCUGCAGCUGCAGUGACGACCCAGGAGAAAAUGACACCCGCCUUUGACAUCGAUGCCCCACGCUGGGACCAGGGCACGUUCUUGGGGCGCCUGCGGCACUUCCUGGCCAUCACCGACCCACGGCUGGUGCUGGUGCCCAAUGCCGAACUGGAGCGGGCCAAGGCACUCGUGCAGGGCUGCAGGGCUGGGCUGGUACCACCGGGGAGCAGCCAGGAGCAGCUGCACUAUGCCAAGACGCUCUAUGACUCGGCCUUCCACCCUGACAGCGGCGAAAGGAUGAACGUGCUGGGCCGCAUGUCCUUCCAGGUGCCCGGCGGCAUGGCCCUCACUGGCUGCAUGCUCCAGUUCUACCGGACAGUGCCUGCCGUGGUAUUCUGGCAGUGGGUGAACCAGUCCUUCAACGCCAUCGUCAACUACACCAACCGCAACGCCGCCUCCCCCAUCUCGCUGAAGCAAAUCGCUGUGGCUUAUGUCACUGCCACCGGCACGGCGCUGGCCACUGCCGUGGGGCUCAACCUCUACACGAAGCGAGCCCCUCCCCUGGUUGCCCGCUGGGUCCCCUUCGUGGCUGUGGCUGCUGCCAACUGCGUCAACAUCCCGAUCAUGAGGCAGCAGGAGAUCAUCCAUGGGAUCACGGUGACAGAUGGGGACGGCAACGAGCUCGGCCGCUCCAGGAGGGCUGCGGCCAAGGGCAUCACGCAGGUCGUGAUGUCCAGGAUCACCAUGGCGGCACCGGGCAUGAUUAUUCUGCCAAUCAUCAUGGAGCGGCUGGAGAAGUUCCCCUUCAUGAAGAGAAUCCGGGUACUCCACGCGCCUUUGCAAAUGCUGCUGAGCGGGGGCAUCCUCGUGUUCAUGGUGCCGGCGGCCUGCGCCCUGUUCCCACAGCGAUGUUCCCUGGCGCUGGCUGACCUGGAGCCGGAGCUGCGUGCCAGCAUCGUGGCCGAGCGCGGGGACCAAGUGCCCUACGUCUACUUUAACAAGGGGCUGUGAAUGGAGGCUGCCCUGGAGCCAUCGUGC